AAAGUAUGUUAAACGUUUUCGUGGUGCUGACAAGAACAUGGAGACAUUUCCAUGUCCUACAUGUCGCUCAGAGUUUACUCUCAGAUCAAACCAAGAUGUUGCUGAACUGCCAAGCAAUUAUUUCAUCAAGAAUAUGCUGGAAAUUAUGGCGAUUCAACAAAAAGCCAAAGCGUCUACUGCAUGUUCACGCUGCCAAGAUCCUGCCAUUAAUCACUGCGCAUCAUGUGAAAUAUUUAUGUGUAAGAAAUGUUCAGAGUCGCAUGAUAGUUGGAUAGCGAUUAUGAAAUUAAGCCAUAACGUGUUGUCUGUACAGGAACUGAGCAAUCCUGAAAGUCAAGUAAAAAUGAGAAGAAAGCUUUAUUGUGCAAAACACGAAGACAAAAUACUCGAAUACUAUUGUGAAACAUGCAAAGAACUUUGCUGUAUAGAUUGUGUAGUGUUGAAUCAUCAGAAACCAAACCAUUCUUGUGUGGCAAUGCGCAAAAUCACAGAGAAGCAAAGAGAAACAUUGCAAUCAAGCUGCACAACACUUGACGAGAAAUUAGCUGAAGGAAAGGAAGUGUUAAACAACAUCUGUGAGGUGAUGAAGUCUCUUGAAAAGAAUGCCAAAACUGCUAAAGAUCAAAUCAAACAACAAAAGGAAAAUAUCUUGAAGAUUGUGGCAGAAAAACUUGACCGGAAAGCAGAGAAAAUGAACGAGGAAGUGGACAAGGUUUAUGGUGAAUUACACAGUGAACUGAGCAAACAACAUGAUGAAAUGAAAGGCUAUCUUGAUAAAGUUCAAGCUUCAGUGUCCUUGCCAAGAAAUCUCCUCAAGAGAGGAAGUAUUGAAGAAAUGCUCUCAUCACAAAAAUUGAUUGAUGAGAAAAUCGAGAAAUUGAGCAAUCAACAACCAGAGAAUCUGGUCGCAGUGAAUGAUGAUAGUAUUCAGUAUGUACCGGACGACAUUGGUAAUAUCAAUGUUGAUGAAAUUGUUGAUAAGUUGGGACAUGUGGAAGGUAUGUGCAAUUUACGGUAUAUUACCGUCAGUACAUUAUAGAGGUUCAGAUUUGACUUCCACUACCGCUACCACUAACGGAUUAACCAAUAUAAAUAAAAAUUAUUAUAUAUAUAUAUAAUUAUAUAUAUAUAUAUAUAUAUAUAUAUAUAUAUAUAUAUAUAUAUAUAUAUAUAUAUAUAUAUAUAUAUAUAUAUAUAUAUAUAUAUAUAUAUAUAUAUAUAUAUAUAUAUAUAUAAAUUAUAUAUAUUACACAUAUAUAAUUUAUAUAUAUUACACAUUAUAUAUAAAUUAUAUAUAUAACACAAUGACAUAAACUGAGUUGAUGGUUGGGUAUCCGCAACAGCCUGAAACCAAUUACUGCGGGCCCAAAACGUUAAGAGACAAAUAUCAAUAACACAAAUAACAAUUAAACCAUAGAGACUAAAAACAACAGUUCAUCGAGUUUGUUAAAGUCUUUGCUCUAUUGCAUUUCGGGCAAAUCGUUUUAAAAGUUCGUACAUCAUCACAAUCGUAUGUGUUCGUUAAUGCAGUAUGGUAGUACUCUCGCAUUACAGACUUGAAUGCGUUGAAGUUCUCCAUACUCAAGUCAAGUAUGACCGUCAAUGUGUUCCAUGUUCUGAUGGUUCUUAUCCAGUAUGAUCUUUGGUAGGUUGUUGUUUUGCACCGCGGGACUUCGUACUUUACACCUUUCGUGUUAGUGGACGAUCUUGUAUAUCUUGUUGUCUUGGCGUGCAAGGCAAAGGACGAGCUGGUAAUGCCAUGAGUUACUUUGAAGAAAUGAAUCAUAUCAAGGUAUUCAUGCCAGUAACAUAUGGGCAGUAGAUGGAGAGUUUGCAAUCUGGAUUUGUAAUUUACUGAACUAAUAAAUGGAAGAUUAAGAAUGUAUUUUGUUGCACGUCUUUGAGGUUUUUCUAGUUUGAGCAGAAGUUCGGUAGAUUGGGGUGUCCAGACUUGCGUCGCGUAACCAAGAUGUGAUCGUACCAGUGACAGGUAAAUGGUUCUUCUUGUUUUAAUGCUGUUAAUUGUUCGUGUGUUCCGUCUGAUGUAGCUAAGCAUUUUAUUUGCUUGUCCACACUGUUCGUUGACAUGCUUGUUCAAUGUCAAAUCGGAAGAUAUCCAGACACCAAGAUCACGUUCAUGCUUAAUUGAUGCUAGUGGAGCGUCAUUCAUAAAAUAGGUGGUAGGGAUUGGAUUGGUUUUACGGGUAAUGGAUUGUGCCUUGCAUUUUGCUUCGUUGAAUUGUAAGCCAGAUUCAGAUGACCAGAUCCCCAAGUUAGUGAUAUCUUCCUGUAACUUUAUUGCAUCAUUGGGCGAUUGUAUUGCCUUGAAGACUUUGGUAUCGUCCGCAAACAUUGCAACACGACUUGACUUCACAUUGCUUGGCAGAUCAUUGAUGUAGAGGAGGAACAAUGCUGAACCAAGUAUUGAACCUUGCGGUACACCAGACGUGACAGGAAGUAGGUCUGACGUUGCUCCUAACACUGUAACACGUUGUUUACGAUUUUCUAGAUAGCAACGAAACCAUCUGAGGAGAUUACCUCCAAAACCAUAGUCUUUCUGCAGCUUUCGUAUUAAUACAUCAUUAUCGACCUUGUCGAAUGCCUUUGACAUAUCCAUAUAAAUCAUGUCUAUAUGUCCUCCACUGUCUAAACACGAUCCAACGUAGUCAAGAGUGUCGAUGAGGUUUGAUAUGCAAGAUCUCCCGGCCAUGAACCCAUGUUGACACAUGUUAACUGCAUCAUACAAACGAGUUUUUAUGUUGUUUAGGACACAGCGUUCCAGAAGUUUCGAUGUAAUACAUAAUAGGGAAAUUGGGCGAUAGUUCUCAGCAUACUCUUUGUCACCUUUCUUGUGCACGGGCACAAUAUUAGCCAAUUUCCAUUCAUCUGGUAUUGUUCCUGAAAUAACUGAUAUAUUGAACAGCUUGCACAGGGAAGGUGUUAUCACAUCUGCUGUUUCCCUCAGUAGUCUUGCAGGAAUACCAUCAGGACCUGUUGCUUUGCUUGAAUCAAGUGAUCUCAACACAUAAGAAACUUCUUCUUCACUAAAUGUUAGAUCAGUCAUGAUUGGCUCGUCAGACUCAAUGACGUCUUCCUCGUUAGCUUUCUUUGUUGAAAAUACUGACGCAAAGUAGUGGUUGAACAUGUUUGCUAUACCAUCUGGAUUAUCGGCCGCCGUUCGUUGUGCUGUAUUUGGACCAGGUGUGUUGACGUUGUUUGCGGAUGAAAUAAUGUCAGGGAUGUUUCUUGUCUUUGAGCUUCUUUUCAAAACCGACCCGAAACGCUUUGGAUUUUGUUUAAUGUCAGUUCCUAAAUUGUUGAAAAACUUUUCCCGACUUUUCCGCAACAUAUGCUUGACUUCAGAUCGCAAGGUUUUGAAUUGCUGCUGUAGUCGAAAAUUGUUUGGAGAAGCCUUAAGUUUUUGCCGAGCUGAGUCUUUCUUUCUUAUGGCGUUAAGAAUAGUACCAUUAACCCAUGGAGCUGGAUUGCGUCCUUUGAUCUUUUUCAUCGGUAUAUAAUGUGAAACGGCUGUUAAAAACGCUCCUUUCCAUUGUUGCCAGGCGAUGUUGAUAUCUAUGGCAUGUUCAACGAGAGACGUCAGAUUGAUUGCGUUCAAUGCACGUCGCAGUCCUUCAAAGUCACCAGCGUUGUAGUUAUAGACAUACCUCCCAGCUUUUGGUUUUGCUUUAAUAUUCUCAGAAAACUCGUAAAGGACUGUUGAGUGAUCCGUCAUUAUUUCAGUUGUCUCUGGGGGAAGUACUUCAGACACAGUGACUGAUUCUGGAACAGUUGUGAUAACAAGAUCUAGAAUUUUGUUGGCACGAGUAGGGAUGGUGUUUACUUGAGUGAAAUAGUGGUCAUCAAGUAUGUCAACAAAGUUCGCUUCGUUCGCACCAGAUGCAUUCAAUGUUGCAUCCCACGAGAUGUUGGGUAGAUUAAAAUCACCGGAUAUCACUACGUUUUUAAACUGAUCGCAAACUUGAUCCAGGAAUGUGUUGAGUGUGCUUGUCCAAGUUCGUUCAGUGUCAGGUGGUCUGUAGCAAGAAGAGAAGAGGAUAUUUUGGUUUGACGCAGUUUUCACUAUUGCUGAAACAAUCUCUAAUUUUUUUACGUCAUCCAGGUUUGAGACGAAUUCCUUAACCGAGCUAAACGAACUUGAUUUGGUUGCAACCAAGGCCCCGCCGCCAUUUCGUCCUACUCUGUCUUUCCUGAAGAUGUUAUAGUCAGAAUUUAAGAUCUCAGAGUUACUUAUGUUUUCGUAUUAUUGUUAGUACAUAAAUUAUUUUCCUUUACAGAAUAGGAAUGUUAAGGAUACACAAGAAUUCGUUUUCACCAGGAAUUUUUAUUUUUUUAUGUCGAUUUUCAGGCUGGAUCUAACUUAAAAAUGGUAUAGGAACUGUGCAGCUAAUUAAAUUUAGGUAUUUCAAUAAUUGCCCAACACUUGCUCGCUAGGAGUAAGGUCGUCUGGCGUUACACAGACCAAGGUAGUGUUUCAAUAUACUGUACAUAUGAUCGGAGCAUUAGUGUAAAAACAAGUGAAAAUCAAGAAAGGGCUAUAGAGCACCAAUUGUGACAUAGCGAAUUGACAAUACGCAUUGGCAAAUAGUCUUGUUAACUUCCCAGAGCCCAAAACUUCUUUAUCCGUGUAAAAUCGACGUAAAUAUUUGAAUUUCAGUGGCGUCGUUCCUGACGAUGACUGCAAGUUAGUCAAAACGUAGAAUAAAAAUGUGUUAAUCGUUUUAGAGCUGCCUACGUCUGUGUAUAAUAUUAAAAUGUUGUUUAUUUACUCUAGUUUUAUUCCUAAUUUGGGCUGCCUAUUUCCUGUAAAUCAGUCAAAUCAGCCAAUAAGCCGGACGCACUGGGGUGCAUUGCGGCUCAAUGGGUUAAAAAUUAAAAUAGCAUAACUAGGCUAGAGUGGUGGAUAGGAUGAAAUAUCAGGUAAUGGUGUCUACAGUGCAAUUAUGAGCACUAAUGUAUGUUUUACCAAUUUCCACACACUUGUCAGAACUCCCACCACAAAGACGGAUUCACAGCAUCAAGCUAGGCUUGACAGUUUAACUUCAAUUAAUCAAUCAAAAAUAUUUAUUUAAACACGAUUUAAAAAUGAGCAGCAAAUUGCUGAUGUGGUCGUGUGAAUUUCACAGUUUAUAGAAAUGUAUUAAGGCAAAGUAUAUUUGUCUUUGUCGAGUAGCAUUCUUAUUGUAAAUUUGUCGUCAGCUAAAUUAGCACGUAAAAUGUGUGUAAAACUGAAAUGUAUUGAAUCAAAGAACUUAUAUUAAAUAUAUUUUGCACGAUUAAAAGUAAUAAAAAGUAAGGGAAAGCAAAUUGUUUCCAAAACAUUUCAUACAAGUCAAAGCUGAAAGCGUUUCCAUGUAGUGUUGAGCGUUGAUUCAUAUCACGACUUCAUGUCAUUGUUCACGUUUAUAGUUUUCAUUCGAUUAACUGUAGAACAAUUUGCACGAUCUCCUAGCAAUGGCGAACCAAACCACAAUUAAACACCAGCGAAUUGCAGUAAAAUCUUCGAAGAAAUUACACCUCAGGGACAACAUUAUUUUCAAGGACAACAACAACAAUUGACGUAGACUACAGGAGAUAUACUUGGUGUAAUGUCACAUGAAAUGUGUGGCAGCUAAUGUGCAUGACUGCAAUUUCUCGACAUGGAAAGUAGAAAGCCCAUUUCUAGACUUGGGCUACCAUAGUAGCCCAAGUAAUUAGUGGAAACCGUUUUUUAUAUUACAUUAAAGUUAGUUGCUAUUUCAUAACAAAUAUAUAUGCUAUUACAUAAUUAUAACUUACAUAAAAUUCGUUGUUUACUGUAGGUUCUGUUUCUGCAAUGUGCAAUCUAAAAAAGUCAUCUAGUAUUUUGAAAGGAGAGAUUGCCUUCGUGAAACAACUACAGAAAUGGUUGGGAGAGAAGUGUAAAUGGAAUCUUUGUUACAGAGCUUCCAGAGAUGGUUGGAGAGCUAACGAUUUUCACAAACAUUGUGACAAUAAAGGACCGACAGUGGUUCUGGUGAAAGCCAAUGAUUGUAUUUUUGGAGGAUACACUGACCAAAACUGGGAUUCAGGUAUGUAAGAAAAAACUUAUAUAUUAAUAUUUGCAUCAUUUAUGAGAGCUAUAUAUUACUUCAGCAAACUGCAUUUCAACCUCUUGUGGACGAAAGACUCUGGUCGGAGC